AUGGUAGGUUCUAGUUCCGCUUAUACUUCUUCAGGUUCAUCAUCAUCAUCGUCUGUUGUUUUAUCAAGCUUGAACUCAUUGGUUUCAUCAUCAUCAUCAUCUGUUGUUACAUCAAGCUUAAACUCCUUGGUUCCAUCCUCAUCAUCCUCAUCAUCAUCAUCAUCAUUAUCGUCAUCUGGAACAUCCUUAUUGGCAUCAUAUCUUUCUGGAAGUUCAAUCACAAAAUCAUCGUUUACACUGGCACCAGGGCGUACAUCCACCAGCAUAGCGUCUUCCUCUGUCUCCAAAUCUAAUGAUUAUUCAAACUUGAGCAGUGGUACAGCAUCGGGAUCAUUAUUGUCAAGCUCGAUUUAUUUUUCCAGUCGAAGUUCUAAUAAGCCAGAAGCAUCUUCAGUUAGUUCACUUGCUUCACUGUCAUUGCCUGAUACAUCAUUAAGCACUGAUAUCCCAGGAUCCAGUGUUAUAAGUAAUAGCAUUAUUACUGAAGCUGAAUCAUCUUCAUCUGUUACUGUCUCCAUUUCAAAUCCAGGCUUCACCUCUUCAGAGUCGUCCACAUACGUUUCUGUUUCUGAAUCAACUUCACCAUCAUUUGAAUCAAAUCCAUCAUCAUCAAAUACUCAAGUCUCGUUUGCAUCAGAUGCUCAAUCCUCAUCAGUUUCUAACAUCCAAAUGUCAUCAGUUUCAGAUAUCCAUCCAGAAUCUUCAUCAUCAAUGUCAGAUUACCAAACAUCUACAUUAUUGUUACUUUCAUCUACAAGUUCACCUGCUCUGUCAACUACAAAAUCUACGGAAAUUUCACAACUUUCAUCUUCAUUAAAUGUUUUGAGUUCAACAAGUCAUAUCGCUUCAUCAAUUACUACAAUUACGAUUGCUCCUAUCAAGACAUUUACAUCAACUGUGAAAUCAUCUAAUACAUCAUCUGCUAAAGCAAGUGAAAAUGAUGUUUCAUCAACAUCCGAUGUUGUUCACUCAAGUUAUUCAACUGCUUCUCAAUCUGAACCAAAAUCUGCUGAUUCCUCAUCAGAUCAAUUGUCAUUAUCAAAUUCAAUUAGUAUUGAAUCCACAUCAUCAAGUUACGUUAGAACAGGAACUGAGUCAGAGAUUAUUGCUUCUUCAUCAAGCCCAUUACUUUCAGAUAUAUCAUCAAUGACUCAAAUAUCGUCCAUGGCUUCCAGCAUUGAAUACCCUACUUCCACCAACAACAAUGGAAGUAAAUCAUCAUCUUCAUCCUCAUCCGAUGAAGCUUACUGCUCAACAUGUGUUUAUACCCCAGAUCCUUCUAACACAGGUGUUUCCGAAACAUCAAGAGAUUUCUCUUCAGGAACAUUAUCUGGUGUUAAUUCAGAAAGCUGUUCCACAUGCUCCACUGACGUUGUUACUGCUUCAUCUUACAUGGCAUCCACUGGCUCAACACUUUCAUCUUCUACAGAUUCCGCUUCAUCAUCUUUAUACUCUAAAGGGACACCUGGUACCUCUUCAAGAAAAUCUGGAGCUGCUUUCACUGCUCAUCCAUCAAGCACAAAUGAUAUUUCAGAACAUAGUACUGAAAGUAUUUCCAAUACAUUGGUCUCCAGUAAAAUUGCUUCACAAGUGUCAACUGACUCUCAUAGUGGAAUUCCAAGUGUUUCUCAAGACUUCUCAACAGAUUUAAAAUCUACAAAAUCACUUGAAACCAAAUCAGAUGGCUCUUUGAUAACUGUUACUUCAACUAUUACCAUUCUUCCAAAUUCCUCAAAACAUACCAAUACAGAUACCAGUUCAAGUGUCAAUAUAGUCCAAGGAUCCAAUACAAUGGUCUCCACAAUUACUAUUACAACAGUUGUAUCCCCAUCCCAGACAACAGCCGUUGAUAUACCCGCUGCUACUACAAACACACCACCAUCGGGCACCAAUAUUGUUCCACAUGCUACAGGUUACACUAAUUCAAACGGUGGUAUUGAUAAUGGUACUGGUAAUGGUAAUAAUUCAAAGCCUAAUGAAAGCAAUAGUGAUUCAAACAAUCAUCUCUAUACACAAUCAACUCCAGCUACCUCAACGUCAACACCUUCCAAUGAUAGUCUCAACAAUGGUUCCAACAAUAGUUCCAACAAUGGUUCGAACAAUAGCUCUAACAAUGGUUCCAACAAUAGUUCCAACAAUAGUUUUAACAAUGGUUCCAACAAUAGUUCCAACAACGAUUUUAAUAAUGUCUCGAAUGGUGGUUCAAAUCUCAAUAAUUUGGGACACCAAUCCUCUACAUUCACUGAAACAUUACAAUCACAAGUUAUCAACACUCCAAGUCCUCAAACCUCAUCAAGUAGCUCAAAUACACCUUCCACUACAAUCACAGCUAUUCCAACCACAUUGUCCACUUCAGUCUCACAACAAACAUCAACUUUUGGCUCAGGUGAAAAAACCAUUGUUUCUGUCAGUUCAUUUGAAGGCUCAGCAUCUACAUUUAAUAUCUCUAAGUUCUUCUUCUUAGUUUUGCUCUUUUUAAUUUAA